AUGGAGUCUAGCAAGUGUUUGUUGCUGUCGGUGGUGUUUAUUAUUUCUGUUUUCGGAACCAUUUCUGUGGACGGUGCUGCCCUUGGACGAGCGCCGCGUCAGCUAAGCAGUUUGCUCACGCUCAGUGGAGAAUCGAAUGCAAGAAUAGAAAAUGGCACCAUCAUCUGUGACACCCUCAAGUGCCCCGAGGAAUCGUUCAAGUGCGUGAUCGUCAAAAACUCCACCAAGGACGACGUGAACAAAAUCCAAGUAACGCGCGAAUGCCUUGAUCCGGCGGGCAAGGCGACGGCCAAGACGCUCACCACCGAACAGUCCAACUUCCCCGGUCAGCAGUUCGAGAGCUACGCCGAAAUCGAUAAGAAUGGCAACAUUGCAUCGUUCGACAACCGCGGCAACACGUACAAUCACUCCGGUUCUGGUGACAUUCAUUCGUAUCUGUACGACCAAAUAGAAGACCUGCACAAGGCAAUACUCGAUCAGCUGAGCAAUGCGGGUAAUCCGUUCGCCGGGAAGUGAUUCGGCGACGGAGGCUAUAGGUCAAUAAAAUUCGCCCAGGAUUCGUUUGCAUGCGAGCA